AUGCAAGAAAAUAAUUUAAUUGAAGAUCUUCCGUCAAUUUUUCGUAAUUUAUCUGGUGGUUGUCUUAGAUAUUCAUUACAAGAGUUGGACCUGAACAAUAAUCAAAUCAUUGGCUCCUUAACUGACCUUUCAGUGUUCUCAUCCUUGAAAACAUUGGAUCUUUCCGAAAAUAAUUUAAAUGGAAUACAUAAUGGUAGCAAAUUGCCCCCUCAGUUAGAGUCUUUGUCGAUCAAAUCGAACUCUUUGGAAGGUGGUAUUCCAAAAUCAUUUGGGAACGCAUGUGUUUUGAGCUCAUUGGACCUGUCUUCUAACAAUUUGAAUACAGAGCUCCCAGUGAUAAUCCGUCGUUUAUCUGGGUGUGCUAGAUACUCCCUGCAAAUAUUGGAUCUGGGAGAAAACAAAAUCAAUGGCACGUUGCCUGACCUCUCAAUGUUUUCAACCUUGAAAACAUUGGAUCUUUCUGAAAAUAAUUUAAAUGGAAUACCAGAUGGUAGCAAAUUGCCCCCUCUGUUGGAAUCUUUGUCGAUCCGAUCGAACUCCUUAGAAGGUGGAAUUCCAGAAUCAUUUGGGAGCACAUGUACAUUGCAAUCACUGGACCUGUCCAAUAGUAGUUUGAGUGAAGAGCUUCCCACGAUAAUCCAUCACUUGUCAAGAUAUGCUAGAUACUCAUUGCAAGAAUUAUAUCUAAGCAUGAAUCAAAUCAACGGCACUCUGCCCAACCUCCGUCCACUGCUCCCAUCUUUGAAAGCAUUGGAUCCUAGUGAAAACAGGCUUAAUGGGACCAUUCCUAAAGAUGUUAAAUUUCCAACAGAACUUGGGAGUUUAUUUUUGAAUUCAAACUCUAUGAAAGGUGUGAUCACUGAUUCCCACUUUGCUAAUAUGUCUGAGUUAGUCUCAUUGGACUUGUCUGAUAACUCAUUGGCCUUGGCAUUUACCCACAAUUGGGUCCCACCAUUUCAGUUGAGCUACAUACAAUUGAGAUCUUGCACGCUAGGUCCAGCAUUUCCCAAAUGGUUGCAAACACAAAAUAACUACCAAAGUAUUGACAUUUCUGAUGCUGGAAUAUCAGAUAUUGUUCCACGUUGGUUUUGGGCUAAAUUAGCAUCGCAAGUAUGGAGGACAACGAAUAUUUCACAUAACAAUCUCAAAAGUGUAGUUUCAAAUUUUCCACUAACGAAUCCUCGAUAUUCUCUAAUUCUUGCAUCGAAUCAAUUUGAAGGUCCAAUACCACCAUUUCUACGACGUUCAACGAUUCUCGAUCUAUCAAACAAUACAUUUUCAAAUUCUCUUCCAUUUUUAUGUGCCAGCGGUGUAGCCGAUACUUUAUACCAAUUAGACCUUUCAAAUAAUGAAUUAUCUGGAGAAAUUCCAGAUUGUUGGAGCCAAUUCAAGUCACUAGUUUAUCUAGAUUUGAGUCAUAAUAAAUUUUCAGGAAAGAUUCCUACUUCAAUAGGAUCACUUCUUCAACUUCAAGCACUGCUAUUGAGAAACAAUAACUUAACAGAGGAAAUUCCUUUCUCGUUGAGAAGUUGCACAAAGUUAGUAAUGAUAGAUAUGGCAGAAAAUGGAUUAUCAGGACCUAUCCCUACUUGGAUUGGAAGCACGUUGCAAGUGUUGCAAAUUUUAAUCUUAGCAAGGAAUCAAUUCUUUGGAAGUUUGCCAUUACAAAUUUGUUAUCUAAAAAGCAUUCAACUUUUGGAUCUCUCACUCAAUAAUUUCUCUGGACAAAUUCCUAAAUGCUUCCAAAAUUUCACUUCAAUGGCUCGAAACACUUCCUCGAAGCAUCAUCAACAUUAUUUUGUCAACACGAGUUAUCUGACGGAAAAUACGUCUUAUGAUUUGAAUGCAAUCUUAAUGUGGAAAGGUGCGGAAGAAAUGUUCACGAAUUAUGGGCUUUUCCUUUUAAAAAGCAUUGAUCUCUCUAGCAACAACUUCUCAGGAGAAAUUCCAGCAGAAAUAGAGGAUUUAUUUGCAUUGAUUUCAUUGAAUUUAUCAAGAAACAAUUUGAGAGGAGAAAUUCCUUCAAAUAUUGGAAAGCUUGCAUCACUUGAAUUUCUUGACUUAUCAAGAAACCAAUUUGUUGGUUCAAUUCCAUGGAGUCUUACUCAAAUUGAUCGACUCACCAUGUUAGAUUUGUCGCAUAACCAUCUAAGAGGAGCAAUUCCAACUGGUACACAAUUACAAAGUUUCAAUGCUUCCAGUUAUGAAGAUAAUUUUGAUCUUUGUGGGGCGCCACUUGAGAAAUUGUGUGUUGAAGGGGAACCACCGCAAGAACCAAUUCAAGAGAAAGAUGAUUCGCUCUUCACUCGUGGAUUUUACAUUAGCAUGACAUUUGGAUUUGUUAUAGGCUUUUGGGGGAUCUUCGGCUCAAUCUUGAUUAAGCGUUCUUGGAGGCAUGCUUAUUUCAAGUUCUUGAACAAUUUCAUAGACUCUGUUUAUGUCAUGGUUGCAAUUAAACUUAUCAAGUACAGGCGUUGA